CACUAAUGUUGAGAACAAGCUGGUGAUUUUCUAUGCUGAUAGUUUUGGUUGCAAGAUUGAUGUUAUGCCUUUCUCUUAUAUGGGCAUCCCGGGGGACUUUUGGAAGAAGUCUUCUUGGGAUCUGGUUCGCAAUAAGGUGUCUGGAAAAGUUUUUGUUGUUGCUAAAUCCCGAUUAUCAGCUCUACCUGUUGAGAAACAAAAAGUGAAUGCACCAAAUGGCCCAACUGAUGUUUCUAAAAAGUCAAAUCCUAAGACAAAAGGAUCCUCAAAUUCAAAGACAGAGAACUCAGUGGAGGAUUCAUUUGAGAUAUUGGAGGAAGUAUUGGGAGCUUCUCUUGUGGGUAAAAAGUAUGAGCCAUUGUUUGAUUACUUCAAAGAAUUUUCUGACGUGGCAUUUAGAGUUGUUGCGGAUAGUUAUGUCACUGAUGAUAGUGGUACGGGUAUUGUUCAUUGUGCUCCUGCAUUUGGUGAAGAUGAUUAUCGUGUUUGCAUCGAGAACCAAGUAAUCAAUAAGGGUGAGAAUCUGAUUGUUGCUGUUGAUGAUGAUGGUUGCUUUACGACAAAGAUUACUGAUUUUUCUGGACGUUAUGUGAAGGAUGCAGACAAGGAUAUAAUUGAAGCUGUGAAGGCACAAGGGAGGCUUGUUAAAUCGGGAAGCUUCACCCAUUCUUAUCCCUUCUGCUGGAGAUCUGAUACUCCCCUUAUCUACAGGGCUGUCCCAAGCUGGUUUGUCCGAGUUGAGAAAUUAAAGGAGAAAUUACUUGAAAACAACGAGAAGACUUACUGGGUGCCCGACUUUGUGAAGGAGAAAAGAUUCCAUAAUUGGCUUGAGAAUGCAAGAGAUUGGGCUGUCAGUCGAAGUAGAUUUUGGGGAACACCUCUCCCUGUCUGGGUUAGCGAGGAUGGGGAGGAAAUACUGGUCAUGGAUUCAAUUGAGAAACUUGAGAAGCUUUCUGGUGCUAAGGUAUUUGAUCUGCACAGGCACAAGAUUGAUCACAUUACAAUUCCUUCCAAAAGAGGUCCUGAAUAUGGUGUGCUUCGAAGGGUAGAUGAUGUGUUUGAUUGUUGGUUUGAGAGUGGAUCUAUGCCAUAUGCUUAUAUUCAUUAUCCAUUUGAAAACGUUGAGCUUUUUGAGAAGAACUUUCCUGGGCACUUUGUGGCAGAGGGACUCGAUCAAACUCGUGGAUGGUUCUACACUCUCAUGGUUCUGUCUACUGCUUUAUUUGGGAAACCAGCAUUUAGGAACCUUAUUUGUAAUGGCCUUGUCCUUGCUGAGGAUGGAAAGAAGAUGAGUAAAAGGUUGAAAAAUUACCCUUCACCAAUGGAAAUCGUAAAUGAUUAUGGAGCUGAUGCUCUGAGAUUAUAUCUUAUAAAUUCUCCAGUUGUACGUGCCGAGACUUUACGAUUCAAGAAGGAAGGUGUUUUUGGUGUUGUCAGGGACGUUUUCCUGCCAUGGUACAAUGCAUAUAGAUUCCUUGUCCAGAAUGCCAAGAGGCUUGAGAUUGAAGGGCUUGCACAAUUUUCUCCCCUGGAUCAAGCCACCCUUCAAAAGUCAUUCAAUGUGCUUGACCAAUGGAUAAACUCUGCCACCCAGAGUUUAGUAUAUUUUGUCAGGAAAGAAAUGGAUGCCUACCGACUCUACACGGUUAGCCACCUUUAA